CAUGUCCCACUCGCCGUCUAUUGCUAGUGCGCUCCGGCUAGCAUCUCAAACAGUCGUGCAGACAUUUUGGAUAUUUUGUGAAAACUCUUCGCUCCAUGGACUGCGGUACAUUGGGCGCAACAAGGCAACGAAGGGCAACACGCCACUCCGGUUCGUGUGGAGCGUGAUCGCGUUAGUAAGCUUGGGAUUCACGCUCUUCCUUUCCAGCUCGGCGUGGGACCAGUUCCGGAGCAAUCCCACGUUGACCACGAUCGAGACGACCUCCUAUCCGGUGUCGCUGAUUGCUUUCCCAGCGGUUACGCUGUGCAACAUUAACAAGAUACACUCUACUAAGGCGGAUGAGCUUGGAGCGAAGCUGUAA